UGCGAAAUGGUAUAAGCUAAUUUGGGGCCCCAAAUUCAAACAGGAGAAACACUACUUGAUCGUCCGGUUGUUGCUGUCAAAAUAAGGCAAAUUCUCAAUGACUGUGAGGCUGUGACCGGACGUCUUCUGUCUACAUUACAUCAAGGAUAACACAGGAGGCUGCUCUCCCCUUUCACCGCCCAGUAAACACACAGAACAAUCAGUCUGAAGGACAAUGGAGUUGCCAGCCUGUACUGUUGUCCUGUUGCUAUGGCAACUGUCCAUCACCACCUGUCAUGUCCACAUCCACCCCAGCCACUACCCUGACCAUUAUGUGGACGGGGAACAUGACACUGAGUUUGACAGGGAGAUACUGCUGGGAGGGAAGAAGGAAGCUGAAGAAUACCAGAAACUGUCGCCUGAAGAGUCCAAACAGAGACUGAUGGUACUGGUGAAGAAGGUUGAUGUGAAUGGAGACGGUCUACUGGACAGAGAUGAACUAGUGGAUCACAUGUUGGAGUCUUUCAACACCUACUCUGUUGAGGAGGCCAGGGACACCUUCCCGACUAUAGACCUGGAUGAAGAUGGUAAGGUGUCCUGGGAGGAGUACCUGCAGGAUACCUUUGGUGCAGAGUACUCCACAGAGGCAGACCCUGCAGAGGAUGAGAUGAUCCAGGAUGACCGGCGAUUUUUCCAGCAGGCAGAUGAGGAUGAUGAUGGGAAGUUAGAUGAGGUGGAGUGGCUGGCCUUCCAACAUCCGGAGGAGUACGUCAGGAUGCAUCACUUCCUGGUAGAGGAGAAGCUGGAGGAGAAUGACUGGAAUGAAGACGGGCUGAUUGACUUUGACGAGUAUCUGGGUGAUGAUGAGCCUGAUUCAUCCUACAGCAGUGAGGAGGAGUGGAGGAUAGUGGAGAAGGAACAGUUUGAUGAGUAUGAUAAGGAUGGAAAUGGACAGUUGGACAGUGAGGAGGUGACAACCUGGGUCACACCCAACCACAGGGAGGCAGCAGAGGAGGAGGCAGACCAUCUCCUGUCCAUGGCUGACAGUAACCAGGACAAGCAUCUGUCUGCAGAGGAGAUCAUGUCAGACCCUGACCUGUUCCUGCAGAGUGACCUGACAGAACAGGGGGAGCUGCUGCACACCAUGGACCAUGAGGAGCUGUGAUGGUCUCUGUAACCUUACCAAACAACUGUCCUCUUCCUUUACACUCAAAACAUGACUUGCCAUGGACAGAAAUUCAUAGGAUAAUUCUACAGUAAGACUUAACCCCCAAUCCUGCACGAAAUGGUAGAAUAUUAGCACUUGCCCACUUCAGGAAAAAAUGGGUUGGUGUAACAUCAAUUUUACAUGAAUAAAUUAUAAUGUUAUUAUAAGAGAUCCAAAACUAUAGGAAUGGGCACUGUGGUUCCUACCUCAAAACAACCAGUGUAGUUAAUUGUUACAGUCCAUGCCUUCACGGGUUAACACAACUGGUUCUUUCAUUCCAAAUGUUAUCUUUUGUCAAUAUCUUUCUACAGCCAUGCGAACCAUGACAGUCAGUGUUUAAGAAUGCAGACUGUCUGCAAGUACUCUGCUGUAUGCAAAAAAGUCUCAUGCUGAUGUAUCUUACCAGUUUUAAAUGAUUCAAAGAAAGAUAAGGAAAAAUAAGAAUUCCAAUAUUUACCUUUUACAUGUAUACCUAAUACACUUUCUAAGAAACAUUUCAUGCAGGUAUAGGUUAUAAGUUAUGCCUAGAGCUACCAGUUGUCAGUUGUGAAUGCAGAUUAACCUGUUUUGCCAACUACCAGUAUUGUAUUCUAUCAAUAGCAGGGAUAAAUCUGUUAGUAACAUCUAACAGAGAUCUGACAUUUCCACAAUGUACCUUGUACUAAGUUAUAGGCUUUUAAAAGCUUGCAGACUCUACCUCUUGAGCAUGUGAGCUGCAGUCUUCAUUGUUGCCACUAAAGUUGAGGGAAGAAAAAAUUCAAUGUAUCUUGAUCCAGUAUUACAUUAUUACAGACAAUACUUGCAUACAGUAUUCUAAAGCAUGCUUACAGAAAUCUAAGAUAUUGAGCUUUAUAGAUUUAAUAUACAAUGUAGUAUGUUGCAUAGUAUAAACAAUAGAGAUGUUGCAUUUGCUGGUUUCCAUGUGGAAAGAUUGUAUGUGGUUUGUCGUAGAGACAAAAUUUUCAGUGUUGCAUUGUUGAUCCAUGUUGUCAAGUACAUGAUAUAGAAAUUAAGUGAGACUCAUUCAGAUUGUAAAGGGUAAAAAUGAAGGGUAAAACCUACCAGGUUUGGACAACAUGAUGGAAAAGAUCGAGCUGCUGCUCAAUUCCUGUAUGUAGUAAUUGUCAUGUCUACUUUACUGUUUUAGUGUAGCUGUGAGUUGGAAAUGCCAAGUUAUGUCAGAUAUACUGUUUCAUGUAUUUUUGUUAUUUAAAGUUGUGUCAUGUCUUGCCUGAUUUUGUUACUAUUUGAUGAAAUUACCUGGCUUAUUACUAUUGAAUGCUGAAAACUACUGAUUCAAUGGAAGAUGUUUUAUUGUAUUAAAAGUAGCUUUUUAAUAAAAAAUGUGGGAUUUCUGUAUUUGUUAGUCCAACAGAUACAAACAUGAAAAUGUCAUUUUGUGCUGAAGAAUUUUUUAAAGUCAUCUUUUCAUACUACACAUGUAUUAAAUCAUGUAAACGACCGACACCCUGAUUUGCAUUAUCACCCCAAUUUGCAUAUGUACCCCUUCCACAUUUCAGCACAAAAUUCUACCGUCCCUCAGUGAUCAAGCUACAACACUAGUGUUUGAGAUAAUAUAUUCUUUAAUGGACAAUUAUUACAGUGGAAUGCAUGUAUAGCCAGUACAUUGUACUUAAUUUACUGGAUGAAAUAUAGGGCAUAUUUCCAAAGCACCUAUUAAUAAUAAUCAUAAUAAAUCUAUGUUCAGCAUCCAGUAAUAUAAAUUAAACAGAAUGCUAUUUUUCUAUAGUACAAUAUGUACUUGGCAGCCAAAAUUAAUUGUACUCAUGCAUAAUCAUGAAUGUCAACAAAGAUUAAGGCAACAAUGGAUAUUCACUUUAAAGGCCUAUUGUUGCUUAUCAUUACUAAUGUCUUUGAUAUACAUAUUAUAUUUGGUGAUGAGUUUCAACAGUUAACAGUAAUAUU